AUCACCAACGAGUAAAAGUCGAUGAUUGGCGAAAAACCCCGAUUCGAGUUAUUUGAGUGAAGUUAGCCGAUAAAUAAACACGCAUUCCGGGAAAAUGGCGGACGAACAAUUGCCUGCUGGGUGGGAAAAGCGGUUAAGUCGGUCAACCGGCCAACAUUACUACUUGAAUGUUUACACCAAAGAGUCCCAAUGGGAUGUCCCCGAUAAACCUGCAGAACCAGUGUCUUCAAGUGGCCCCGAACAAGUCCAAUGCUCACAUUUACUUGUCAAACACAAAGACUCUCGAAGACCAUCGUCCUGGAGAGAGGAGAAUAUCACAAGAACUAAGGAUGAAGCCUUGGAUUUAGUCAAAUCUUAUCGGGAACAAAUAGUCCAGGGGAAGGCCUCAUUUGCUGAUUUAGCGUCAAAGUACUCGGAUUGCUCAUCGGCUAAACGAGGGGGCGAUCUUGGGUCGUUCAAAAGGGGGGCUAUGCAGAAGCCUUUUGAAGAAGCGUCUUUUGCACUCAAAGUUGGGGAAUUGUCAGAACCCGUUUUUACCGACUCGGGAGUGCAUAUUAUUCUGCGUACUGUUUAGAUUAAUUAUUACUCUAAGUUCAUUCAUUCUUUCAGGUCUUGUUAACGUAAUUUAUAACGCAUUUACGCCAAACAUUCAUAUUUAUUAAUAUUGAGAUUGGAGCUGUAAAUUUCUUUUAUAAUGUUUUAAUUAAUUGUGGUAACUUUUGUUAUUUGAUUAUGCACAAUAAAGGCAAGCACUCCUGUUA